UCUUUAAUCGACGUCUCUAUGGGAUGACGACGACGAGGACUGAACGUCUGAUUUCUCCUAACGUUUUUCCCUCUUCGCUGCGGGCUCCUUUGUUUUUCCUCAUCGAUUCCUUGAAGGGAUGUAUGGAUGGAGAGUCUAACAUGCAAACAGAUGAGCGAGGACCCACGAUUGAAGACCGAGGAGGUUGCAAAUCAAGAAAUGGGAUUUAGCCUUUAUCUCCUGUCGCUAGUCUAUGCCACAUUCAAUAUGGCGGUGAGGUUGACGAACGAUUCAGCGCGUACUGUGGCGAAGUGGGUAGCUAGGUAAAUACAGUACUGUAUAGGUAGGUAGGUAAAUAAUAGGUGGACAUACAGGUAGGUAGAUAGACAGACAAAAAGAUAGAUACAUAGAUGUAUACACAGAUAGAUAGAUCGUUGAGCUCCAUCUCCUGGACCAUUUCAAAAACGGUUUCUAAUUCAUUAGACCUUAGUACAAAUAUUUCACACUUUGUUCUUGGCUUUAAUGCAGGUUACAGAAAUAUUAAAGAUUUGCACCUUUAAUGUGAUAUACUAAUACAUCAUGUUAAAGGGUUCAUUUCCUUUCAUGGUUAAAUGUAAAAUCAACUGAUUUACUUCAUAUGGAGUAUGUAACUUCGGCCACUGCAGCAAAUAUGACUAAUUAAUUGUGGUCUAAAUAGGCUUUGGGGGUUAUCCCUAAUGGUAGACGUCAUAAACCAAUCCCUUCACAAACCUAACCAUCUUUUUUAAGACUGAAGGUAAACAAUCAGAUUUUAUCUUUUGGGUAUGUUACAAAUGUACUGCUAUUUGUAGAACAUUAGCAUAUUGGUUGCAAAAGUUUCCCAAACCCUUCUGUGACAAACAUAAUCAUAGACAUAAUCUGGUUAAAUCAAUUGGAUGUUUUUAUAAAUUACUUAUCUUUAGCAAUUUCACAGGAAUAUAUUAGCAGAUGAUUGCAGAUGCAAACAUUGCAACAGAAGGCAAAGUUGAUACGAUCAUACUAUGAUUUUUGUUGAGUAGUGGGUGCUUUAUUUUAUACUGGUACAAUAAUAAGAUUAGCAGUCUAAUCCCAGAGGAGACAGGAAUAGCCCAACACUAUCCCACUCUAGACUAAGAAUAAGAGGAAGAACCAGAGCAACCUGUGUCUUUACACAGCCCACAUCUUUCCUACUUUUCCAAGCUGUUUUUGUUGUCCCUUAUUCCUACACUGGACUUGACAUCCUGAUGAGGUGAAAAGGGACCACGAUAUCUGAGGGCACGCCCCUCCCUCCCCCGCACACAGAGAUAAUCUGAGGCGAAUCAAAUCAAGCGAGGCCAAAGGAUUGACUUUCCACAGAUCCAAAGAGAGUGGUAACGUCAGAGCUGGGGAGGUUGAUGUCACAUAGUUUGGCAGCUGUGGGGCAAUUGAGCCCUGAGAUGGUGUUCGCCUAAGAGUCACUUACAGGCUCUGCUAUGACUGUGGACAUCAACCUAAGGGGAGAUUCAUAUGGCACUCCAUGAAAGGUCCCAUGGGGGUGCUCUGAUGGAAUUCAUUAGAGCACCCAGGGCAAAUUACACUAUAUUCGGAGAGGCGAUUCGCUAUGUCAUUCCGGCACACAUGCAAUGUUCUAUCGGCUGUGGUGGUCAAGGCUGCAAGUACGACAACCCGCAUUUCUGGCGUGAUGACCAACAGGCGAUUAAAGGCCUUUACUCAUCAUGGGUGACUGAUCAUCUACUUGCGAUGUCCAGGCCCUCGACUGAAGUUAUUGAGAAGUAUAACGUUAUUGAGCAAUUCAGAAGGAAUGGCAUUAAAACGGUGAUCAACCUCCAGAUACCUGGUGAGCAUGCAAGCUGUGGAAACCCUCUGGAGCCAGAGAGUGGUUUCUCCUACAAUCCAGAGGCCUUUAUGGAAAAUAACAUUUAUUUCUACAACUUUGGGUGGAGUGACUAUGGAGUGGCCAACCUGACUACUGUUCUGGACAUUGUUAAAGUUAUGGCCUUUGCACUGCAGGAGGGGAAGAUAGCUGUGCACUGCCAUGCAGGUCUUGGGAGAACAGGUGUGUUAAUGGCAUGUUUUUUGGCCUAUGCCACAAGGAUGACAGCCAAUCAAGCGAUCUUGUAUGUUCGGGCUAAACGGCCUGGUUCCAUCCAGACGCGCAGUCAGCUGAGCUGUGUCCGCGAAUUUGUCCAGUUCCUUGCCCCUCUAAGGAGUGUGUUUUCCUGCACUGAGCCUCGAUCCCAACCCGUCACCUUGACUCAGUACCUCAAUCGUCAGAGACACAUUCUGCAUGGCCCCGAGCGGAAAGAAUUGAGGUACCUGCCAAAGAUUGUUCACCUUGUGUCCCGGCUGCUGUUGGAUAUUGCGGAGAAUCGACAAGUGAUCGAGGAGGACGUUUUGGAGGCGCCGGACAUCCAUGACAUUGAGAUGACUCUCAGCAUCAUUGAAAAGCUUGGGCCUCAGUUUUGCGCAAGGGAGCCUCGCUUGCCAGGUUCCCCGACCUUACCGAGACAUUUUCAUGAGCCGCCCAUCUUCUACCAUCGCAAGAGUCUUAGUUACAGUGAGUCUGAUCUAAGACGUCUGGGAUCGCAGCUCAAUCUCCUGACACAACCCUUGGGCUCCCUCUCACAGGGCAACGUGGCCAGGCCAAUUUCCCCAUCCGAAACUGCUCAACCGGUAACGCAGUGGAAGAGUUGGAAUAGUAACACAUCUGACAUCUCCCAAAGCUCCACAGGAUCUCUCUGGCAAGUCAAGAAUCAUGAAAGGGACGGUUCCAUUUUGUUGAAGAAAGUCAGGCAGAUGCCCAUCCAACGCAGUGGAUCUGUUGGACACAAUGGCCCACUCCAAAAAGGUAGUAUGCUCUCCAGAUUGAAGGCUGAGCAGAGAGAAGAGUUGGCAGAAAGCGAGAGGAAGUCUCAGCAGAGAGAUGAGGAGCAGUCAGAGGUGCCAUGCAUCACUCUGCAGUCUGAGUUAUCUCUGGAGGCGAGGAGGCUGUUGGUGGCACAGGCGCUAGCAGUGGACCUUUUUCUCGAUGGGGCAGAAGAUCACAGGAACAAAGUGUUAACGUGGCAGGCGGAGCUGAAUCAAGGUGGCGCAUGGGAAAGGCUCUGCAUGGAGCGGGAUCCCUUCAUCCUCACAGGUCUGAUGUGGGCAUGGCUGGAGCAGCUUAAGGAGCCAGUCAUCUGUCUCCAAGAUGCCAUGGCCUUGAACCUUGAAAACACUGAUGCGCAAACUGUCCUCAGCACACUUGGCCAGGCACCCAAAGAAACAUUAAUGUGCAUAUUGGACUGUCUGGCUCAGUUACUGACACUACCUGAGGAGGUUGAACAUGCAUUUCUGAAUCGUACUAUCAAGGCUUUCACUUGGAUGGGAAGCAGUUCCAACGAUGGAAGCCAAGUGUAUGAGUCCAUGACUAGAGUCCUUCGCUGUGUCCUUGAGGACAUGAGAUGUGUCGCCACCAAAGCAGAAGAGCCUACAAAGACUCCUUUAACGUGUGCGUAGAUGCUACAUAUGGAAACAUGGAGGGGACACUUUGUGCCUUAAUGUUGAAAAUAUUUAUUCUGUCAUUAUGAUGUGACGAUGUGAGAUGAAUACAACUCAUGACAUGUA